AUGUGUACAAGUAGGAGGCUACUACUAAUUCACCUGAUAGACUACAAUCUUUGUAUAAUAUUUGGAAUACUGUUCAAUUUAUUGAAUUAUGAAGCUAAAGAACACAAAUUGAAUGUAGUCCACGUUUAA